UAAAAUUCAUCACAAUAUAAAGAGAACCACAACCAUAUCUCCCUUCAUCAACAUUCCCAAAUCAACAAAAACAAUAUAAACUCAAAUCAUCAUCAUAACUGAAAAUGGCUGUUCAUACGGUCUACAUAGUCGUGGUGGUCUCAUUUGGCUGGUUUUUCUUCCUGGCCUUCUGCCUACUAUCAAUGUGGUAUUUCUUGACGAAGAAGAAGGGGAAGAAGACGCAGGAGACUGGUGUCAUACGUCGCGACGAGCACGUGAAGGUGAAGGAGGACAUUGUGAGGGGGCCUAAGGGGCAAGAGUCCAUAGCUCUAUCCAUUGAGAAAGAUGAGAAGUUUGAGGAAGAUGUCAUCAAGAAUGAGAAGGAUUUGAAAGGGAAAAAUAUGCAUCUUGAUCUUGAGAAAGGAGCUUCUUCUGCUUCUAAUUGAUUUUAUUUAUGCUUUUCAUGCAUGGUUAUUAAUUUGAAAGAAGCAAGUAAUAAUGAAUGUUGUUGAUAAUAAAGUUAAUAUGUUGGAGUGUGAAUUGCUAGUUUUAUUCAAGAUUUGUUUGUUCAUUGGAGUUGGUAAGUUAACUGGCGGCUCCAAUUCAUCGUAUUUUAUGUUUUUAUUUAUUCAAUGUAUGUUAUGUGCAUGAAGGGUUAAUUGCUGCGACAAACAUGAUUUUUAUUCGAAA